AUGGGCGAUGUCUGGAAGAGUGUAUUCCGAGGGUCCUACAAGGGGACUGAAAUAGUGCUCAAAGUGGCCCCUUCCUCGCAUAUUUUGAGGGAAUUGGCAGUUUUUGACAUAUUGAGUAAGUAUGAGGGUUAUUUGUCAUCGAAUAUUGCCAAAUUGCUCUCUGUUGUUUCUGUUUCUGACUCAAACUGGCGAUUUGGAUUGAUUGGGGAAUACUACCCUCAGGGAUCGCUCUAUGACUUGCUCAAAGAUGGCCGAACUAUGCUACAAGUUGACGAGUUGUGUCAUCUGGUGGAGUCUGUGGUGCUUGGGUUGGUCUUUCUCCACGAAUUGCGUCCAAACAAGCCAGCAAUUGCACACAGAAAUUUCAAAUCCUCCAAAAUAUUGGUUGGAAGGUCAGAGAAAGGACAAUUGAGAGCAUUUCUGAGCGACAUGAGUUCUGCGCUGGUCUUUAAUGGAUGUGAGGACUCUCGAAGCAGAAGCAAAGUGGGGGACUGUCGUUACAUGGCCCCCGAGCUAUUGGAGGGACUGGUGGAUGUGGACUAUUCGGCCUAUCUGGCCAUCGACAUGUACGCCUUCUCUCUUGUGUUAUGGGAAGUGUUGUCGACUGCAGGUUUGGUGUUUGUUUAUCUCAGCCGGACUUGCGUAUUCUCCACCAUUCGCGAGUUGUGA